UGAUUAUUAUCAGAUAGAUGUUUUCGUGUUAAUUAUUAAAUAAAUAAAUAUGUAAUAAUAACUCUUAUAUUUUUAAUUGGCGUCUGUGGAUGCGCUAUAAUAUUACAAGUUAUAAGUUAUGAUUUUAUUAAUUGGAAUGUUUGAGGUUUAAAUUGUUAAAAUUACGUUUUGGAAAAUAUAAAUAAGUACCUAAAUUUACACAUCUUUUGUGAUCUCAAAUCUGAUCGAUAAUGGAAAACCAUUCAUCAAAUAAACGAUCUCUAGACGUUGUCGACCAAGAUAAAAAAGAGGAACCGCCAUGUAAAAAAUUGAAAAGUGAACGUAAUGAACAAAAAUCAUCCCACUUCGGUAGUGAAGACUCUAAACAAAUAAAUUCUGAAAAAGAAAUUAAAAUAUGGAAUUUAAUAGCUUUGAUCGUGUACGAAUUACUUGUGAUGUUGAGACAGAGUGCUCAAUAUUUAGCUGUUAGCACACCAUCAACAACAUCGCUUGACCAGAACGAAAACAAUAAUGUUCAAGAAAAUUUAAGUAAUGAUAUUCAUCAAAAUGAUAGAAACAAAUUAUCAAAUAGCACUAAUUGUGCGAAGAAGCUCAAGAAAAAAUCUGUAAUGGGGAAAAGGAAAAAAAAGAAAAAAACUUUAUCUGAGUUGGAUAUUAUGGAAGCUGUUAACCCAAAUAAAAUGAAUAGUUUCAAGUACACUGUAAACAAAUCUUUAGUUAAUCUUAAAGAUUUAGAUACUUAUAUGAAAAAAACAGAAAAUAUUUCAGUUCAAUCUGAAAGUACUAAUUUAUCUAAGUCAUUAAGAGUCAAAGAACAACCUACACAAUUUAUUUCAACGCCAUCUAAUGAUAUAGAUAAAAAAAAUGUAUUGAUUGGAUAUGACAAUAAUAACUCUACAAAUAAAUCAAAUAUUGCAAGUGAUGAUGUUCAAACAAAACUUCCAAUGAAUGAUAUGAACAAUGUGGCAGUAGUAGACAACCAAACUAAUAAACUAACGCAAACAAAGGCACAUUUAAAUUUACACGAUAUUUUAAAAAUGGAUUGUAUGGAAGGACUUCUAAAUAGACCCAAAACUAAACCUGUACCAUGUUCUUGUAAUUAUUGUGUAUUUGUGGAUAAUUUACCUAAUAAUGAAUCACUAGCGAUGGUAGUACUUAACAAUAAUAGUUAUAAUAAAUUCUCUAAUACGCAACAUCUUAAUUUACCUUCAGAUCACUUAAAUAUGUUUAAUAACACUUUUUACAAUGGAGCUAAUGUCCCUAAUUGUCAAAACUGUGCUUCUAACAGCAUGUUUGGCAUGCCAAAUAAUUGUUACUGUACAAUUUCAAAGGUCGAUUUAAGAGUACCUCUACAAUCCAUUGAUAGACCUGCUAAUAGAAGUUGGGUUGAUAAUCUAAUUUUAUUGAUUAAGACAAAUCGUGAAGUAUACAAUAUUCCUAAAGAAAACAAUAUUGAUACAAUAGAAUCGGAAACAUUAGAGUCUGAAUCUGAAGUUCAUAUUACAGAAAUAAUGAACAAAGUGCGAGAUGCAGCAGAAAAAAUUAAAGCUUACCUUCCGCUGUGCGAAUAUUGUGGCAAGUCAAAGUUAUCCUAUUCGUCUGAAUGCGAUUGUAGUCUAGACAAUGUGGAAUCGUUAAAUUAUGACAAAGCGCCAAUAGUAGACUUUAAUUGUAAUAUUUUUAACGAUAAUGUUAAUAAAUUUAGAAAAGUUUCAUGGCCAUAAAUUGUUAAAAUAUGUUUAUAAGUUGUUAAUUACAUUUAUAGUAUGAAAGUUAAUUUUCGUAUGUGAAAAAAAUUAUGUUAUUUGAGGAAAUGUAAAAUUUUACUCUAAUGUAUAGUCUUAUCAAAUAUUUAUUUCAAAUUAUUUAAUUUGAGUUUCUUCAAUUCCUCAAUUCAAAGUAAUAUCUUUACUUUGUUAGUUGAUAA